AUGGGAGAGGUAAUAGAAACCCUACCGGAGCACCGGAGCUUGUUAGCAGCUCCGAUUGUAUUCAUUAUCGUCGUCGCUUUCCAAUUCUUCUCCAGGUGGCUAGAGCAGUUAAAGAAGGGAGUGAAGAGUGCUACGGCAACCCGAUUGCGGGGAGAAAUUAAAGACAUCUUAAAGGAGGUAAGCCUGACCCACCAGGUGAAAGAUUCUAACAGUGGUACCUGCCUUCCAGAUCAAGAGUUACAUGGCAAGGAGAUAAAACUUUCAUACGACGUGUAUCUGAGAAUUUUGUUCAUCUUAAAGGUCUUAACAUAUGUUGUGCUGGUUUGCUGGUUUUGGAGGGUUCCUGUUGGGUCCAUAUCGCAACAACUUGUGCAACCAUUUGGGAAGAUGAUAUCAUGGAGGGCUGGAGGAGUUGUAAACGAAAAUGUUAUGGUAGGAAUAAUUCCUUGGUUGAUAUUAUCUACCAGGGUCAGCAAGUUCAUAUGUCGACUUGCCAAGUUCUAGAGGUUAGAUGAUUUCUGUCCUGUCAAGUUUUUGUACACAUGUUAACGUGGUUUUGUUUUGACUAUUACUUCACGAUAUCUUUAGUCAUGAACUUAGGAUUGUUACCUGCUAAUUUAAUUUGUAUCAGUGAUGUGCAUUACUGUUUUGGUCGUCUGUGUAGCUUGAGUUUAUUGUUUAUCUUAAAAAACUAACCUCUUGAAAAACCCAUUCUUUGAAGUUAUUUAUUAAAAUCCAGCAAAAUAGUGUGAUGCUUUUUGUGUUUGGUAAUCAAAUGCCUAUGCGAUCACCGUCAACCAUGCCCAUGAUGGAAUUAAGAGUGGAUCCAAGAGAAAAUAAAGAAAUAUGAUACUUGGAGCUCAAGACUUCAAUGCGAACUCAAACUCACAAAAGAGAAGAAAGAUUUAGCCAAGGCAAAGAAGAAAAGGCAUCCUAGCACACAAGUAGCGAUGGCAAGUCCUGGCGAACGACCACUCAGUACCACAUAUGUGCCGGUAAUGAAUGCAACCACCAUUGCCAUUAAGGCAAACAAAGUAAAGGAUAACGCGUUGUGGAAAUUUUUCUGCAAUUUUCCGGUCAGACUUGUG